AUGACGACAAUGGAUCUCCGUGUCGGCAACAAGUAUAGAAUCGGCCGCAAGAUUGGCAGUGGCAGUUUUGGUGACAUCUACUUGGGCACCAACAUAAUCUCUGGCGAAGAGAUUGCCAUCAAGCUCGAGAGCGUCAAGGCUAAGCACCCGCAGCUGGAGUAUGAAGCUCGUGUCUACAAGUCUCUCGCCGGUGGUGUCGGUAUCCCCUUCGUCCGCUGGUUCGGAACCGAGUGCGAUUACAAUGCUAUGGUGUUGGAUCUACUCGGCCCCAGUCUGGAGGACCUCUUCAACUUCUGCAAUCGCAAGUUCUCGCUCAAGACAGUCCUGCUCCUUGCCGACCAGCUCAUCUCCCGCAUCGAGUACAUCCAUGCCAAGUCCUUCAUCCACCGUGACAUCAAGCCGGACAACUUCCUCAUGGGCAUCGGCAAGCGCGGCAACCAGGUCAACGUGAUCGAUUUCGGUCUGGCCAAGAAGUACCGUGACCCGAAGACUCACUUCCACAUUCCGUACCGUGAGAACAAGAACUUGACCGGUACCGCUCGUUAUGCCUCCAUCAACACCCACUUGGGUGUCGAGCAAUCUCGUCGUGAUGACAUGGAGUCUCUUGGAUACGUCAUGCUCUACUUCUGCCGUGGAUCCCUUCCCUGGCAAGGACUCAAGGCCGCUACCAAGAAGCAGAAGUACGACCGUAUCAUGGAGAAGAAGAUGACGACUCCUACCGAGGUCCUGUGCCGUGGCUUCCCUAACGAGUUUGCCAUCUACCUGAACUACACCCGUUCCCUGCGUUUCGAUGACAAGCCGGACUACUCGUACCUGCGCAAGAUCUUCCGUGAUCUCUUUGUCCGCGAGGGAUUCCAGUAUGAUUACGUGUUCGACUGGACCGUCUACAAGUACCAGAAGAACGCCCAGGCCAUUGCCCAGGCUGCCGGCAACCAAGGCCAGGGUGAAGAGGAUGACAAGGCCCGUGGUCGCCACGUCACUACCACGGCCGCUGCCAACGCUGGCACCGGAACAGGUACUGCUACCAAGGGAGGCCGUCCGGUCAAUGCGCGCCAGGAGGGCACCGGAAUGUGA